AGUCCCAAACAAGCAUUUGCCAGUUUAAGUGCAGAAAGCGCCGAGUUAAGAAGAGUCUUUGGUUGAAGGAAGAAGGGUAAACUAGGAGUAGGAGGGAAGAAGGGUUGAAGGAAGAAAAAAAGAAAAACACAGAAAUGGAGGGUGGGAACAACAGCAGCAGUAACAACAACCCUGAGGAGUUGGCGGUGGGGUGCUUGCUUUCGAUCAGGACAACGUUGGGCGACGAAUUCGAAGGCCAGGUCGUCACCUUCGAUCGCCCCUCCAACAUUCUCGUACUCCAGGAGCCUUCCAAACCUAGCCCUCGUCGAAAUCUUAGGUUGCUCAAAGCCAAUUACAUCAAAGACUUCACCUUUCUCGGCCAUGCCCAAGACCCUCUUGAUCCCAACACCUGCUUCCUUGACCUCACCGCUCUCCAACAAAGGGAAGAUGUUGCUGUUAGACAAGCGGAGGCUGAUGCUGAGAGGAUUGGGGUUGGUGUUACCAGCGAGGCACAGAGCAUCUUUGAUGCUUUGUCCAAAACGCUUCCAGUCCGCUGGGACAAGACAGUCAUAGUUGUGAUGAAUGAGGUGCGUGUCAGCAGUCCUUAUCACUCUGAAUCUGUUGUUGGAGGUACUCCUGCUGCAAAUGACCGGGUGAAGAAAGUGCUUGACUUUGAGAGGAAGAGGUUGCAACUUCGCAGUUCUGGUGGUCAGUAAAGUUUCGUAUUCACAUCCUUUUAUGGUCAGGAAAAGCACUUCCAAGGAGGAAACAUGAUGGGUAUUAACAAAAUCCUAUACAAGAGGGUUUUCCAAGGCAUAUUCCUGACUUCAGAUAUCUUUUGAUUAUCUGUUGUCUUGAGCUCUCAAGUUAUGUCUUGCUUAUGGAGUUCAUUUGAGGUACUUCCUCCGGAUUCUUCAAAAGAGUGAAUGCUGAAGCAUGUGAUUUAUGAUGUGUUUCACUUGGAAGCCGAAUAGGUGACUGGGUUUAUAUAAUUUGUUGGUUUGCUAUUGGGAAGUUUAACCAAUUACAAUGAGCUAACAUGAAGUCAAACUGACUCUAAUUUGUUCCUUAUAUAAUAAAGCAAAUGCUUUGGAUAUGUCAAGCUAACAUUCCUUCCUGAAGCUUUCUAGUUUUGUUUAUUUGUUAUUUCUAAAAAUUUGUGGUGUAAUUGAUUUGUUUUAUUAGGCUGUCCCCUCUUUGAUAAGGUUUAA